AUGAUUGUAGGUUACAGUAUAGAAAGUAUAAGAAUGACCUUAAAACAGAAGGAUCAUUGGAAAAUACAAAUUUCGACUCUUCAGGUCUCUAUAAUGACUUGGGUUGCUGCUAUAAGUAUUCUCAUGCUACCCUUUUCUGGUUGGUGGAAGUUUGAUGUACAUCUCACAUCUCAAGGAAAGUUAAUUGUUACUUUUUGGAUGUUCCUACAAAGUUUGUUACCAAUUUGGCACUGAUAGGAGAUAAAGUUGAUGAAAGUUAGCUGUUCAACAAUACAGGAAGCAUAAAGUGAUACAUUUUUUUGGUUAUUUGUUUAUAAUUUAUAGUUGAAUAUGACUAUUAGAUUAAUUUGAUUGGCGUUUUGAACAAAUUAGGAUCAGGUUGGAUGAUAUACUACUUUUAUUAAGAAUGUAUGUAAUUACUUGUAUUAUUUAUUGCAAUUUUGAAAGGGCGAU